AUGGAAAUAUUCAUAAAAAAUAAUAACACACUUCUGAAGGGAACUAAAUUCGAUUCAAAACCGUUAUUUACUGCAAUGAAAGAUGACAGGUUCACUACGAUUGCUAAUAAUUUUAUGACAAAAUAUGGUAAAUCCAAAACAAAAGGGAUACCAAUAAAAGGAAAGGAAUAUAUAAUACACGAGGACGAAGAUGGAGGUAAUCCUUUUGUAAAAGAAUUACGAGUUUCAUUGCAACCUUUUUAUAUGCCCCUGGUCGACUCGAUUUUAUUAAUAGUCGGGUGUGAUGAUACCGAUUCCAUUGUCAUUACUUCUCCAACAAAGGGAAACCCAGGGAGAUUUUUUACCACUUCAGAAUACAGUUAUAAAUAUUAUAAUACAGAAGAGUUUCUACGCCAAUUAGGAAAAAAUCUUAAAUUUGCGUCACCAAAAUAUGAUGGUAACUUCAUGACCCUGGAGAAGGAUUGGCAUAAAUCAUUAAGAUCGCGGUAUUGUAGUAAACUUAAAACGUAUGUUGUUCCAAAUCCAGUGGAAUAUUUCCCAAUACUUUUCAUAGGUUGUUCGCGACACAAUAUAAAACAUAUGUAUGCCAAUGUAACAUCCCUUCUAAGAGCUAGCAAUGAGCCACGAUUGUAUACUCCCUUCGCUUUUAUUCAUGCUCUCAUUAGGCCAUUGGUGUUCAAUAUUGUUGGGGGUAAACUUUUACAUAGACAACGUUUACCCAACAUAGAUAUACCCAACGAAGAAUAUUUCCAUUUUAGAGAAGAAUUUUUAUCUAAAAUAAAUAGAAAUAUGAUUUCAGAUUGUAAAUGCCGAUCGAAUACUGAGCUUAUCCCGGUAGAUCCACCAAACCAAGAAUAUUCAUGGCUUUGGGCCGAUAUACAUCUUAACAGGUACGAACAACGUCGUUAUACCGGAACCUUUUGGAUGACUAAUUACAAUUACGAAAGACGACGCUCACCGCAACGUUAUUCACAGGUCAAUUGUGAAUGUUCUUGCCAGAAACUAAGUGUAACUUACUGUGAAACUUUAUCCAAAAAUAUUGUAAAGAAUUAA